UUCACUGUUACCAGCUGCUGGACUAUUCCAAUCCCUGUCGGAGAGAAAACACGGGGACCGUCAGUCCUUCUCUCUCUUCUCCCUCCCCGUUUACCUCAUUGUGCUUUCUUUUAUUUCAUCCUGCUUCUCUUUCUCACUCUUCUCUUCAGUGGAUAACUUUUCCUUUCCCCUUCUUUUCCAACCUCGUACCUGCUCCGUUUACAGGUUUUUAAAAUAUCCGUCUCUAUAGCUAUAUUUAUUUAUUUAUUAUUUUUUUAAAGAAAGGUUAAAAUAUAUAUUUUUAGAUGAUCCACAAAUGAGAAGACGUAAAAGAUGGAGUUGCAUAUUUUAGAACACAGCUUGAAAGUAGCGAGUAUAGCAAAAGAAGGCAUCCAGAUUUGCACUCACGGAUUAAUCAAACUCGCCUUCUUGCCAUCCAAAACAAGGUGUAAAUUCUUCAGUUUGACAGAGACCCCGGAGGACUACACCAUUAUUGUGGAUGAAGAAGGCUUCAAAGAGCUGCCCGAGUCCGAGCAUCUCAGCGUUGCAGAGGCCACAUGGCUGGCCCUCAACGUGGUCUCGGGGGGCGGGAGUUCGUCCAGCUCUCAGCCAAUCGGAGUCACCAAAAUCGCCAAAUCAGUGAUUGCGCCCCUGGCGGACCACAACAUAUCUGUGUUCAUGCUGUCCACCUACCAGACCGACUUCAUACUGGUUCGAGAGAGGGACCUGCCCAUGGUCAUGCACACUCUUUCAUCUGAGUUCACCCUUCUGCGGGUGGUUAAUGGAGAAACCGUCGCUGCCAACAGCUUGGGGGUCACCAACGGCUUUGUCAAACCCAAACUGGUCCAGCGCCCCAUCAUCCAUCCCCUGUCCAGUCCCAGCAACAUGUUCUGUGUGACCAGCCUGGACCCUGACACCCUGCCCUCUGUGGCCACUCUGCUCAUGGACGUCAUGUUUUACUCCAGCGGGACAAAGGAGCCGGGGGCGGCCAGCGAAGACUCUGGACUCAUCCGGUUCUUCUCCUUCUCCCUGAUCGAGGGCUACAUCUCCCUGGUCAUGGAUGAGCAGACCACCCGCAGGUUCCCCAACAAUGUUCUCUUCACCAGCGCUUCAGGGGAGCUAUGGAAGAUGGUCCGCAUAGGAGGGCAGCCAUUAGGAUUCGACGAGUGUGGCAUCGUGGCUCAGAUAUCUGAACCUCUGGCUACCGCUGACAUUCCAGCCUACUACAUCAGUACCUUCAAGUUUGACCAUGCUCUGGUCCCUGAAGAAAAUAUCCAGAGUGUGAUUGGAGCCUUGAGGACCAAUGAGAGCGCAGGACAGUGAAGGGCAAGAAUGCGGGAUGGGAGUCUCGCGCCUUCGCUGACACAUUGAUUUAUCUACAGAUAAUGUCAAACUCUUAAAGUGCCAAGAGCUUACCAGUGGACUGCUGUGGGGGGUGGAUUAGGGAGGAAGCUAAUAAAGGUGGGAGGGGUGGGGGACAGGGAGGGCAUGGGGACCUCUCUGCUCCAUUAAGGAGCAGCUGACCCAGAUCCUCCUUGUCCCGUUCUCAGAGACUGUGCCAACACCCUUCCUCUCCACUCCAAACUUCUGCCAUCCGCUCCUGACCCAAUACAAAAAAACCUGCCUCUUCGGGGAUCCAAAGCUCGAGUGACUGCAGCGUUUUUCCUCUGUCCCUCCUCUCCCUCCCCCGCGUCACAUCUUUCUACCGUGGCAGUGCGGUCUGCUGAGACCCGGGCCCAGCUCCCUGAGACACUGCGGAGCGUCCCCCACCUCAUCUACCCCCCUUAUGUGGUGCACUUGAGGCCCUUGACUGCCUGUGCCCUCAGGUGUUGCUUUGAUUUGCCAGACUGGGUUUUUCCUUUCCUUUUUUUUUUUUUUAAAGUUGUAUUUCUCUGCUGCUUUUCCCUCAGCAACCAAAAUGUUUUGUUACUGGCCCUCCCCUUAUCCUCGGAAGGAGAAUGUACACAGAGAAACAAACCUAGUGUGAUCAGAAAAGGUUCCCUGCUCCUGUUUUAUUUUUAUCUCCUUUUUUUUCAGUGCCAUGACACUUUAGGCCUAAACCGAUGCCUUGCUUUACGGCUCAGUCCUUCAAAUGGAGGGAAGAGAACUGAGUUGCUGUUUGUGGUUACAGACCCCCGUGGUGCAAUGGCGUGGUGUGGUUUGACUUUCACACAUUUUUGAAUAAGCUGUCUUUCAUUGUACGUUUAUACUGUGUAGUUUGAUAGAUGAUAAUUUCAUGAUAAUUAACUGCCAAUUUGUGGAAAUGGUAUCGCUUAAGAAGUAUUCUUUUCAAUAUGAAAUAUCCACUCUAUUUCAGUAAUAUCAAAUCUAUAGUUCUUUCAAGAUAGGGAUGAAAUAGAGCUAAUUAAAAAUACUCCGUAUAUAGAACUGUAGCACAUUUUUUGUUUCUAAUGACAAGGUAAUGAGUAAAAGAGGUUAGUCAUUUUUGUUAGGCAAGACAAGGAACCGGCUUGUAUUCAGUGGUUUCAGGUUGAGGUUGAGCUGACCAGGGAAUGAAUUGUGUAAAAAAUUGUGCGAGACCUUUUCAGUGAGGAAACCAAAAACUGGCCACAAGAGACAACAGCAGUUUUACCCAGUGUGCACUCUGUUCCGGUUCAGUGACAUCACACACUGAUGGACUGUAUGCACCCUUGCAAUAGCCACACUGCACUAUCACACGACCGGCUUCCACACUCCUGGUCUUGGGCUGUUUUGGGAGAACUCGAGUUUUUCACUUAGUUCUUCCUUACCUUGUUUCAGCUGGAGGAAAUGUUGUGUCGCAUGAAGAGGAAAAAAAAAACACCUGACCACACCCCAAUUCUUACCAGCCCUUACCACAAGUAAUAUGAAAUAGUAAAAGCUAGCUAUUCUAACAUGGAGGAAGAGGGGUGGGGCGCUAACAGUGUUUGUUUAUACAGUUGUGAAUGUGAGUUGCAGCUGAGGUGCCAUUUUGAGUAUUUGGCAUUUCCUGCAAUGCUGGCGUCAGUUUAGGCCUUGAAGCCCCUAGUCCGCACUUUAUUAAAGGUCUAUCCUCUAGACCGUGUAACGAGAAAGCUGGCUAUAACCUGUUCCCUAGAAGGAAGCUCUUAAGUUGGUCUUUAAUAUGGGUGCGGUUAUUGUUUUUUUUUCUGCACCAAGCAAUGGCUUUCUUCUUCUUUUUGUUUGUUUUGGAUAGCAGAAAGCUUGUAUUUAUCAGUGUUAAACUAAAAAAGGGUGACUUUCAUGAUGCAGAGGAUUAUAAAAAUAAAAAAAGCUUUGUUUGGAGCUUGUGGCGUGUUUGGUUUUGGGAACCCCCUCACCCCACCCCCAUCCCCUUACCCCACCUGCUUCUCUUCUGCUGUCCCCUCUCCUCUCAUUUGGUUGUUCUGAUCCCUCUUGACUUACCUUUAGGGCAAAGAGGUGCUGUGUGCUAGGUCAGGAAUGAAUGUUGUUUGUGACUGUGCUCGCAAUGAUCUUUCUUUUUAAGGCUUUAUGUCAAAUUAACCGCUUCUCUUGGAUCAUCAUAACUUAGAACAUGUGACAUUAAAUUUCUUUAGGCCAUGUGCAAACACAGCCACGUCUAUAUUGUUUUGCCCUCCCCACUCCCCCACCCUUGCUGGUCUUGCCAGUGUUGCCUGUCUUGACCAGCAAAUGUUUGCUUUCCUCUGACCUUUUUGUUUGCUAAUCAUUUUUGUUAAAAUGUUUUGAAAGUUAUGUUUACUUAAUUCACAAACCCCUUCCAUAAACCCGGCGUGGCCUAGUAAUGGGCUUCUUUGCAAAUAAAGCAUGCAUUUAGUGCUGAGGAAGCUGUAGUCCACGAUAUCAAAUUUAUUUUUGAGUUCUUGUUUUGACCGCAUUACUCCUUCUCACUGCUAAUGCUAGCUCAUUCCAGAUGAUUGAUCUGGUACCAUGCAAAAGAAAGUUGUGUCAGUGUCUUCCUAGUGGCGAUAAUUUUUUUUAUCCUUUUAGUGAAAAGAUCAGCAAUAUCACCACUUGUAACAGCAUUCAGCCAUUUUGGGGAGAACUUGAGAGAAAUCUGCAUUCUCACUGGCCGCUGAUUUCCUAUUUGAGUGAUUACGUAUUCCAGGCAGUCUUUUUAAGAGAGUACAGAUUGCCCCAUACAUCUGCCAAAUGUACCUGCAGCCUAAAUUGGCUUGGUCACUGUGUUACCGUCAUUAUGUGAGCAGAUUGCUAAAACAUCAUUGGCCACCAAUGAAAUGGAGAAAAUGUUCUCUGAAGGCAUUACUCUAUUUGAAUAUAUUUGACAGAAAAAGUACAUCAUCAAAUGGCCGUGAAGGACACAAUAAAUACAGAAAGUAAACACAGUACAGGUUUCAUUUGUCAAACAGAUAAGUUAACCUAAUAGAAUAAAACAAUGAAGCACAAAUGCAGAAAAAAACAUGCACGUUAAGACAAAAAAUUGGGACUCCCAACAGUUUUGAAGUGCUAACAGUGUUGGCGUAAGCACAGAGUACUGAAGUGAAAGAAUGGCACUGGAACAACUGAAAGGUUUCAUUUGCAGAUAUUGAGAAAUGUCUGCAGACCAAAAAAGGGGCUACCAUUUCUGCAUCCUGAUGCCUCAAUGCCUUCAGCAAUUUCUGUAAAAUGUUGAGAGUCUGUGAGAAGUACUGUUACAGUGCUGAAAGCUUAAAGCAGAUCGCUACAAUGGGUGGUCUUGGAAAUGCUUUGCAAUGAAAAUGCUUAUAAUUUGGUAUUAAAACCUUUUGGUAUUACUACAGUCUGAAGGGGGGGGGGGCAGUUCAACUUCAUCCUAGGUCACCAAGUGCAUUUAAAACUAUGGUUGCUAAGGAAUGGCUAAAAUACAGUCUGGACAGUGUGAAGUAGACUGGUAUGCAAUGUUCCAGAACAGAGAUGAUACAUGGCAUUAUAUAAAAGGCUGAUUGGCUGAAGUUUCACCACUGCUCUUGGCCUAUCAAUGACCCGUUCAUAGCGCUCAGUCCAAUGCAACCGAUUGCUAUUUAUAGAGGGUGCUGAAACCAACGUAGAUCAUUAGGUUACCCUUCAAGUAGAGGACAGGUGAUAUUCUUGGAUCAAUAAGCCAGUUAACAAGUAGAUGGAACAUGUUGAAAUGCUUCCCGUUGUUGGUGGCACCACUUGGUCACCCGUUAUCACUGCUUCGCUGUACGGGGUCAGGGGGUUAAGUGUAGAACUGGUGAUUGCAGUUUACUGCCUGCCACUCUUCUGGGCAGUAAACCUUCCUUGUAUAGCCAAGAAGGCCUCUCAACAAAGCCAACAUGGAAGUCAAAAAAUGAAGAGCAGAGGCAUGCAUAUUAACAUAUAAUUUUUUUUUAUCUGGGUCAUUGUUGCAUUGAGCAACAUUCAGGAAGGCCAAAUGUGAAAUCUAAUUGGCUUGCAGCUGCACCGCACCAAGUAACACGUCUACCCGAGGAAUCUUUUGUCCUUUACACAUUUCUCACGUCCACUGUAGACAGUAUUAUUUUGACAUUUGUGACACUGAAAGGAAUAGAAAAAUUGUGAUACUGUCACUGGAGGGUGGCCUUUUAUUUAUGUGGAUUUAAUACCCUACAUUGUCCACAAUGAAACCAUGAAACCAAAUUAGCCAUUUAGUGUCUGCUAAGUAUGUUUGGACAACAGGGCUCUGUUAUCUACUAAAGAUACAACACUGCUGCUAGGUUCUGAAUGUAUGGUCCCAGUGACUAUCCCUCAAGGUUUGUUUGCUGUUUACCAUCCAUGCGUAAUGUUUUUUCCACCCACUUGUUAAAGGAGCAAGUGUAUAAAUGGCCUGAAAGAGUGGGAGGCUGUUUUUUUAAACCCCACGCCCUACACACACAUGCACACACACAUUGUGAGAAAUGGUUUUAUACUGUUUUUCUGAUCCUCUGCAAAUUGUGAAAUGAAGAUGAUUCAGAGAGAGCAAACCCAAUCCAGCAAAAAAAAAUCAUGUGUGGCAAAUAAAAAUUGAAGUAAUAAAUGAGUCUGCCUCCGAGCCUCUAUUCUGCAUUUGUUUCCAUCAGUUGUGUUUUUUACAUUUUUAAGUAAAUGCUUUUCACGGUCUGCUUUUGCCGAUUCCCUGACAAUAAGCGGAAAAGAAAUGCCGAUGGGGUUCACUUGGUAACCUGAAGUCACCUCUAAGCACAUGCGCAUGGAGACAUUAAGGGGAACUGCAUUUUCGUUUUUUUCUUGGAAUAUGUACCCUCUUGAUCCGCCCCCCGAUCAGCAGCCACGGUAAUUCAAAAUUUAUACUUUAUUAUACCCAGCGUUUCCCCGAGGCCAGAUAAAUGUCAGUGCCCAGGAAUCCGUCACCGUCAGAGGACACAUUCAGAGAGAACUGGGGAAGAGGCGUAUCCGUGGAGAUCAUGCCGAGCAAACAGCUUCAGUGCACCAGGCAGAGGGUUUGAGCUGAGUCACAUAAUGGGGGUACUCUCCAUGGGCAUAAUUUAUAAAGCACCGCAGGCCAACUGAUUUAAUAUUACCUGGUCUGGAAGGAAAGUAAAAAUGUUCUUGAAAUGCAAAGACACAGCUUUUAUUACACUAAAAAUAUAUUUUUUCUUUUUUUAUCUUCCUGCAUUCACUUUAAUGUUCAUUAAAGUGAAUGAGGCAACCUUGAGACAAUAUAGGUCUCCAUCCCCUUCAUUACACAGACUGUCUUGCAUUGAUACACAAAAACCGGAUAGCAGGGUCCAAGGGUCCAGCAACACUCCACCAGGUAUUUAUUUUCUGGCUGAGGUUAAAAAAACAUAAUAAUCAAAAGCACUUCACAGGCAGCCAGGUGAUUUCAGGAUGUAGAGGUUGGCAUAGUUCGGUAUCCAUGGUGAGGUGAGUGACAGCGCAAGGAGAAGAAUAACAGAUGCGUCAUACGAGACAUGCUGCGCUUUUCAGUCCUGUCAAGAGCUGCCUUCCCAACUGCCCACCAGUGCUGCUUCUGUGACUUUAUUCUUUUCUCAACACACACGCACGCACGCACGCACGCACACGCACACGCACAC